AUGAAGACCACAUCAAUUACCACCAUUGCACUUGCAGUCGCUGGCUCUGCGCUCGCUGCGGAUACCGCUGCUCUCAAGCCACUGGAGCUUACAAACCUUCACGCUGGAAUCUAUUACACCUCAAGGCCCACGACCACUUUGUUCUCAUUCUCACUGAAAGACCCAAACUCCAACACGGAGACAACCUGUUCAGGAUACUGGUCCGCGGGCCAGCCUGGUGCCAAAUCCUACGACUGCUCCGAUAAAUCCUAUCAGCUUCACCUUAUAAACGGGGUUUACAACAUCGAGAACUUUGAUAUCGGGGUCUCUCGCGUGGAUGGCACUGUCACUGGACAGUCGACUGUGACGGGGGAGCCAUGGAAAUGCAAGAAGCAAGAGUCCCCUAUGGAACAGUGCGAAUGGGAUGGUGUUUUCAACCUCGAGGUUGCUCCUUUGUCGUGA